AUGAACACUGCCCUGCAUGAGCUGUCUGAGCUGGAGCGGCAGAACGUGGCCAAGCAUGCCCCCGACGUGGUCCUGGACACCUUGGAGCCCCUGAAGCAGCAGCACCUCUCCUCCUGUGGGUCCAAACCCCCCUCUGAGCCCCCUGGCAGCCCCCUCCACACCAACACCAUGGCCAUCCGGGACCCUGACGCCGCCCUGCGCCGUAGCAGCAGUUCCUCGUCCUCCGAGACCAUGAGCACCUUCAAACCGGCCCUGACUACACGGAGGCCCAGCGCCCCACUCAGGCCGCCUCCGGUCAGACCGCUCCGGCCUGCUCCCAUCCACCUGGGACAUGGCCAGGGACAGGGGCAGCACAGGUCCAGUAGUUCCAGCUCCUCAGGCCUGGGUAGUCCAGCAUCUAUCACCCCCACAGACAGGGUGUUCCCCAAGGCUCCGUCCCCGUCCCCCUCCACUUCCUCCUCGUCCUCAGACAAACAGGGUCACAUGUAG